GCGGAAGCACUCUCGAACCUCCACACAUACAUGCAGCAGCCCGUCUUCUCCCUCACCAUCUCCUCGCCGACCAACAUCGCGCUGAUCAAAUACUGGGGCAAGCGCGACGCCAAGAUAAACUUGCCCAUAAACUCGUCCGUCUCGGUCACGCUAAACCAGCGCGAUCUGCGUACUGUGACGACCGUUUCAGCGAGCCGCAGCUUCAGCCGCGACCGCCUUUGGCUCAACGGGGAAGAGGAGGACGUCAACGCGAGCCGGCGCGUGCUCGCCGUGUUUCGCGAGGUGCGCGCGCGCGCCGGCGACCUGCGCGACCCCAAGACGGGACAGGUGCUCGUCCGCAAGGACGAGUGGGAUGGCCUCCGCGUGUGGGUCGUGUCGGAAAACAACUUUCCGACCGCGGCGGGGCUCGCGUCGUCGGCGGCGGGGUACGCAGCCCUCACCUUCGCCCUCUCCAAGCUGUACGGCCUGCCCGACUCGCUCGCCGACGAGCUCUCUUGCAUCGCGCGCAUGGGGUCCGGCUCCGCUUGCCGCUCGCUCGCGGGCGGCUUUGUGGCGUGGGACAUGGGUCAGCGCGCCGACGGCGUCGACUCGCGCGCCCGGCAGGUGGCGGACGAGGCGCACUGGCCGGAGCUGCAGGUGCUGGUCCUCGUCGUCUCGGACACCAAGAAGACAGUCUCGUCGACUGCGGGCAUGCAGACGUCCGUCGACACCUCGCCGCUGCUCGCGCACCGCGCCGCUGCCGUCGUGCCGGGCCGGUUGGCCGAGAUGGAGGCCGCGUACCAGUCGCGCGAUUUCGGCAAGGUGGCGGAGCUGAUGAUGCGCGACUCGAACCAGUUCCACGCCACCUGCCUCGACACGUACCCGCCCGUCUUCUACAUGAAUGACGCCUCGCGAGCCAUCGUGCGAAUGGUGCACGCCCUCAACGAAGCUGCCGGAGAGACCGUCUGCGGCUACACCUUCGACGCCGGCCCCAACGCUGUCCUCCUCACUCUCAAGCGGCACCUGCCCACGGUGCUGGCCGCCGCAAACACGCACUUCCCGCCAAAACGCCCCGUCGAGGCGACCCUGGCUUCCGAGAGCUUGCUCGCUGCGCUCAAGUCGACGCCGCUUCCGCCAAAGCUGAGCUCGUUGUACCCCCUCGCGCCGAUGCGCGGCGCCGUGUCGUACAUCUACCACACUGACGUCGGGCCUGGCGCCAUGCUCUUGCCCGAUUCGGAGUCGCUCGCUGGUGAGGACGGCACCCCGCUCCGCCUCGCGGCGCCAGCUGCCUCGCCGCCGCACCAAAAGCUACUGCUCGCCGCCAUUGCCAUCGCGGCCGGGUGCGUCGCGCUCAAGGUGGCGCGGAAGUGAACGAUAGCGGGGAGAGUCAGACCCGCCACCGCGGCCGGAUAGCGGGCACGCGGUGGGCACGCCCACCCGAGAACGCCGCACCUCGAGCAUGGUGCAUGCAUGAGUACCUACACUGACGUAUCAUGGCCGAGCUCGCGCACCCAGACCGUCUCGGCGCGUGUCGGCUCUGUCGGUAACUGUCGCGAGCGCAGGCUCCGCCGACAGCCUUUCGUUUAUAUUUGCCACACACGUAUGAGGUAUGUGAAGGCUACUUGUUGAUAUGCGUGCCGCACCGCGGAGAGAGCGGAGGAUCGAA